AUGGUGCGUAUGUCGAUUGAAUUGCUGACUGAUGCGUCACAAUACGUGAACACGGUGAAAGAUCGAGAACUCAACUUGCGCUCGUAUAAAAUUCCCGUCAUCGAGAAUAUGGGAGUGACAAGGGAUCAAUUCGACACGCUCGACUUGACGGAUAAUGACAUCAAAAAGUUGGAGAAUUUUCCUCUUCUGAAGCGCCUCAACACACUGUAUGCUCACAACAAUCGAAUUCACUUCAUUCAACCUGAUCUUGGCGCCAAAUUGCCAAACCUGAAGCGUAUGAUGCUCACCAACAACAAUAUCACCGAAUUGGGUGACAUUGACGCUUUGGCCAAGUGCAAGUUCUUGGAGCAUCUAUCCUUCCAUGGAAAUCCAAUCACACACAAGGAGCAUUAUCGGCUAUAUGUGAUCUAUCGAAUUCCAACCGUUCGAGUGCUCGAUUUUCAACGCAUCAAGCUACAGGAAAGAGAGAACGCCAAGAAGCUGUUCAAAGGAAAGAAGAACAAGAAAUUGCUUGAGGAGGUUGGCAGAAAGAGCACUUUCAACCCGGAGGCUGACAAGGAGAAUCAGGCAGUCGACGAAGAAAUGGAGAAUGGAGAUGAGGGGGCAGGACGACCCGGACAACAGUUGAACGACGAGGAUAAGGCCAAGAUUCGGGAAGCUAUCCGAAACGCGAAAUCCCUACAAGAGGCCGAGUUUCUGCAAAGUGUCCUCGAUUCGGGUCGAAUUCCCGAAAAGGGCUGGAAUAUGGGUUUGGAGCUCUCUCGGAUGCAGUUCUCUCAACAACAAAAUGGUGCAGAUGGUGCAGAGAAAGGUUUCCAACCCGAAACAGAGGAGCAAGAAGGCGAGGCAAUGGAGAGC